AUGGCAGCACAACCUUCUGGGUUUGCUUCUGUGCCAGUGAAAGGGAGUUGCCGUUCAUAUUCUAGCCUGGCAUGGGAUUUCCAGACCCGAUGCUCCUUCUCUGCACCCUGGAAUGUGACCGUUGAGCAAUGCAGAAAAAGCAGUUUCUUCAAUACAUUGACAGCUGAUGAGCUAUGGAAAGGAGCUUUGGCGGAGACUGGUGUGGGAGUAAAGAAAGGAAGAGGAAAGAGAAGGAAGAAAAAGCUAAAGAAGAACCUCAACAGAGGCCAGGAGAUUGGUGAAGGACGUUCUGGUUUCCUCUGGCCUGGUCUUAAUGCUCCUGUGAUACAAAAUGGGAAAGUCCAGGCAGUAACCCAACGGAAAAAAGAAGAACAAGAGAGAAUUCAGUCUGAAAUUGUUCAGCACAGAGAUACAUGGGAGAAGAAAAGAAAAAUGAAAGUUAAGAGAGAGGGAGGAUGGAGUGGAAACAUCUGGGGAGGCGUCAUUCUGGAUCCCCCUGACCCAGGUCCUAAUGGAG